AUGGCGAAUGCAUCGCCUCCUCGUCUCCUCAGUCAGAAAGAGGCUGACAUCCAGAUGAUGCUUGCCGCUGAGGUCCAUCUGGGCACCAAAAACUGUGAUUUUCAGAUGGAAAGAUACGUCUUCAAGCGGCGUAAUGAUGGGAUUUACAUUAUCAAUCUCGGAAAGACAUGGGACAAGCUUCAGCUGGCUGCCAGGGUGAUUGUUGCGAUUGAAAAUCCCAAGGAUAUUAUUGUACAAUCGGCAAGGCCCUAUGGUCAGAGGGCUGUUCUGAAGUUUGCUCAGCACACCGGGGCUAAUGCAAUUGCUGGACGACACACCCCAGGAACCUUUACCAAUCAGCUUCAGACAUCUUUCAAUGAGCCCCGUCUCCUCAUUCUGACUGAUCCAAGAACAGAUCACCAGCCAAUUAAGGAAGCAGCUCUUGGAAACAUUCCAACAAUUGCUUUCUGUGAUACUGAUUCUCCCAUGCGUUAUGUUGAUAUUGGCAUCCCUGCCAAUAACAAGGGUAAGCACAGCAUAGGAUGUCUUUUCUGGAUCCUAGCAAGGAUGGUUUUGCAGAUGCGUGGCUCCCUCCGUCCAGGGCAUAAGUGGGAUGUCAUGGUUGAUCUAUUCUUCUAUAGAGAGCCUGAGGAGGCCAAGGAAAAGGAGGAGGAAGAAGCUGCUACAGCGGCGGAUUAUGGAAUUACAGAUUAUUCUGCAGCUGGUGGCCUUCCUGCUGGUCUUGCUGGUGAUCAAUGGCCUGCCCAAGUUUCUGAUGCUCCUUGGCCAACCGAUGCCCCUGCAGCUAUCCCAGCAGCUCCUGUUGUUAGCUGGACUGCAGAACCAGUAGCAGCUGCAGAUGGGUGGGGGGAGCCAGUACCAGGCCCUGCUCCUAUAGUUGAUGGUGCUCCUACUGCUACUGGCUGGGAUUUAUGA